UGGGCCAUGAGAUGACCCUCGCCAGAUGCCAGUGUCAUGCUCUUGGACUUUGAGUUGAAUAAACCUCUUUUCUUUGUAAAUUACCCAAUCUGUGUUAUUCUGAUACAGCAGCAGAGAGCAGCUGAAGACAGGGGCACAGAGCAGCAACAGCAAGAGGGAUUAGAGAAGACACAGGGAAGAGCUUUCUAGAAGAGCGUUUGUGUGACUGGGAAAUAUCUAUUGCAGGGUUACAGAAGAAGGAACGACAGAUACCUUCAGGGGUGGAGGAGAAGCGGGCUGGCAGGCUGCAGGGAAUCUGGAGCUGUCUGCUUGGUUAGCUGUGCUCUCCUCCAGGACUGCAGGGGAAUCUGGGCUCUUUGCUGGACAUCCAAGAGUGGACCCAGCUCUCCCCUGAGAGACUUCCUGAAAGGACUCAACAGGUCUGACCAUGCACUGGCUGCGGAAACUUCAGGGCCUUUGCACACUAUGGGGUGCUCAGAUGUCCAGCCUCACUCCCCACAUUACUGUGAGGCAACUGGCAUCGGUCCAGUGGGGCCGCCAGGAAGUUCCUGCCACGUUUAACUUCGCUAGAGAUGUGAUCGAUCACUGGGCUGACAUGGAGACGGCUGGCAAGCGACCGCCGGGCCCCGCCCUGUGGUGGGUGAGUGACAGAGGGGAGGAAGUGAAGUGGAACUACAGGGAACUGAGUGAAAUCAGCCGGCAGGCGGCCAAUGUCCUCCUGGGGCCCUGCGGCCUGAGGCGCGGGGACUGUGUCGCAGUGGUGCUGCCCCGUGUGCCCCAGUGGUGGCUGGCGACCCUGGGCUGUAUGCGAGCAGGACUCAUCUUCACACCUGGGACUGUCCAGAUGAAAUCUGCUGACAUACUCUAUAGGCUGCAGUUGUCUAAGGCCAAGGUCAUUGUGGCUGGAGAUGAAGUGGCUCAAGAAGUAGACAUGGUGGCCCCUAAGUGUCCUUCUCUGAGAAUGAAAGUCCUGGUGUCUGAGAAAAGCCAAGACGGGUGGCUGAACUUCAACACACUACUAAAAGAGGCAUCCGCCACUCACCGCUGUGUGGAGACCGGAAGCCAGGAAGCCGCGGCCUUUUAUUUCACUAGUGGGACCAGCGGCCCUCCCAAGAUGGUGGAACACUCCCACGCGAGCCUUGGCCUCAAGGCCAAGAUAGAUGCUGGCAUUUGGACAGACCUGAAACCCUCUGACAUAGUAUGGACUGUGUCAGACACAGCUUGGAUACUGAACAUGAUAGGUGCAUUUCUGGAACCCUGGACAGCAGGAGCAUGCACAUUUAUCCAUCACUUGCCAAAGUUUGACCCAGUGGUCAUCCUAAAGAGAAGUCCCAACAGCGAGAAGGCCCUCGCCAGAGACAGCUCCUUGACCUCAGGCUUUCCAGCCUCCAGAACUGUGCUAUCCACCUACCCAGUCACCAACCUGAUGGGCGCCCCCAUCAUUUUCCGGAUGUUGCUACAACAGGACCUCUCCAGUUACAAGUUCCCACACCUAAAGAACUGCUUCAGUGGAGGGGAGAGCCUCCUUCCGGAAAUUCUGGAAAAGUGGAGGGCCAUGACGGGGCUGGACAUCCGAGAAGUCUAUGGCCAGACAGAAACGGGGCUCACUUGCAGAGUCUCCACGACAAUGAAAAUCAAACCAGGCUACAUGGGAACAUCUAUUCCCAGUUACGAUGUGCAGGUCAUAGACAAUGAGGGCAAUGUCCUGCCCCCUGGCACAGAAGGAGACCUGGGCAUCAGGGUCAAACCCCUCAGACCUGUAGGCAUCUUCUCUGGCUAUGUGAAUGAUCCCCAGAGGGUAGCAGACAACAUCCGAGGAGAUUUUUGGCUCCUGGGAGACCGAGCAAUCAAGGAUGAAGAUGGCUAUUUCCAGUUCCUGGGGCGGGCAGAUGACAUCAUUAAUGCCAGUGGAUACCGGAUUGGGCCCUCGGAGGUGGAGAAUGCACUGAUGGAUCACCCUGCUGUGGUCGAGACGGUUGUAGUCAGCAGCCCAGACCCCGUCAGAGGAGAGGUGGUAAAGGCAUUUGUGGUCCUGGCCCCAGAGUUCCUGUCCCGUGACCGGGACCAGCUCACCAAGGAGCUGCAGCAGCAUGUGAAGUCAGUGACAGCCCCAUACAAGUACCCAAGGAAGAUGGAGUUUGUCUCAGACCUGCCGAAGACCAUCACAGGGAAAAUUGAGCGAGUCAAGCUUCGAAAGAUGGAGUGGAAGAUGUCUGGGCAAGCCCGGGCCCAGUGAGGCUUCCAGGGGGCUCUCAUUUGGGCUCUCCUCUUCUCUCCCUUUCUCUUUCCUUUUGGGGCCCCGGCCUUCCUGCGAGGAUAUGAGAUUCUUUAUGAAAAGGCAUGCAUGUAAUUUUUGUCUUUCUUUGGUUAUUAGCACAAGACACGUCCAUGUUUGAUGUGAAAGAAGAAAGAGAGGGAGGAAUGACAGAGAGAAAAGGGGAGGGGAACAGAAAGAGGAAAGACACAUAAGUCAGAGAAAGAUUAAAACAGCAAGGGAAAGCAAGGGAAAAAGAAACAGAGUAGGGAGACAGGGAAAGGAGGGAAUGAGGAAGAAACAAGUGGAACAGGAGGAAGGAGAAAAUUUAGCAAGGAAAGAAUUGAAGGAUGUAUCAGAAAAGCUAAGAAAGAGAGAGAGAGAGAGAGAAAGAAGGAAGGAGGGAAAGAGAGAGGAAAAAGAAAGAAGGAGAAGGGAGGAAAAGAAAGAGAGGAAGAGAGGGAGGGAGGAAGAAAGAAAAGACUGCGAUCAAUAAAAAUAGUAAGAGAAGCUGAUGGAGAAAUGAUGGAAGGCAGGAAGGAUGGGAGGGAAGGAGGAAAGGCGGGACACUUGUAAGUAUUC